AUGUCGAAUUUCAAAAAUAUAAUUCCUAAGAGAACUUACCUUGAGAGAGGUCAAGCGAAGCAUCGACUACAUUUAGGAGAACUCGAAAAGAAGGUAGAUUAUGGGAAAAGAAGAGAAAUUUAUAAAAAGAAAAAAAAAAUAGAAAAUGUAUUGAAGGAAAAGAUUAUGACUAAAAACCCAGAUGAGUUUCAUACAGGAAUGGUUCAUUCAAGGGUUACAGAAGAUAAUGUGUUAGUUCGAGAAGAGAAAGUUUUAAAAAAGGAAGUACAAUUAAAAAAUAAAAGACAAGAAUUAAAAGAACAAACAAAUGAUCUUUAUAAUAAAUUAAAAAAAAUACAUAAAAGACUUGCAAAUUAUCAAAUGAAUAUACCACUUAGGUAUGUUUUUAAUAAUUCUCAUGAAUUAUAUAAUGAAAAUGAAAUAUAUACAUUAAAAGCAGAAAAUAAAAAAUUGAAAAAAAGAGGAGAUCUUAUUCAAAAAAAGUAUAAUGGUUUAAUUAAUAUGAAAAAAAAUUUAUUAGACCAGAUAAGAAAACUUGACAAUAAGUAUAUAACUACAUAUCAUAAAGUGGAUGGAUAUAAUAUUGUAACAGAUAAAGGGAAAACACCCUAUAGAUUGUAUCAACCUCGUUUAAAAUGA